AUGGAGGUUAGUCGUGAUGACAGUUCGGUGAAUCCCGCUGUUCCGAUGGCCGAAAAGAUCAAUGCGGUCUGUGUCAGAAUGGCUUCGGACAUCGUAGGCAGGGAAGGCGUAAUUGACGGGUGUAUGUUGGGGCUAGGGGUACUGACUUGCCGGCUGUGGGCGAUGCAUUCACAAAUGACCGACCAGGCCUAUGUUUAACGAAAAAGUGCCGAUUGCAAUGGUGACAGGUUGGAACUUAGUCCGCCUCGUUGGGGGCAGAGGCAGUGGGGGUAGGUCGUCAAGAGUGUCCUCAUUAGUGUCGCCUGUGUUGGUGGCGUGUUGUGAAAUGCGUGACGGUUUGGUCAUACGGCCACUGCACUGAAGUUGCAGAUAUCCGAUGAAACCGAUCUGUGCCUUGAAUGUCCCUAUAACUUUUUCGUUAACUGCCUCCGUAGGACGUCCACAUGCGAACCGAUGAAUCCUGACUGAAGCUUACGCAUUCGUUUCCAUAUUGGACCAUUUCAGUAUCGCGUAAUGAUCGUUUCAAAUUCUGACACAAUAUGCAUACGCUGACACAUUCACACAACUUCGUGUAAUUAAGUACCUACCCUUCAUUCACACUCGCUUUACAUAUUGUUUUUGUGACGUUAUUAUAACCAAUAGGGAGUUCAAGGGCGCUCACAUCCUUGACCGCCACAAAUUGGUGGCCCCGAGUUCCCAAACAUGGGAGUUUAUUGAAAGUUUAACAGUCCUCCGUUCAUUUCCACCACCAUGUCCGGCGACGGGACAUCAAUGCCCGUUCCUCCUACAUCGCACGUCUCCGUUAAACUUCCUACCUUUAGCCGCAAAACCUGGAGCUUUGGAUUGCGCGUUGCGAAACCGAAUUCGAAGCAUGCAAAACUACUCGUCAAGAGACCUUGUUCAACCACUUGCAGCGCUGUCCUCCUGACGAGUAUGCAGAGGAACUCUGCGACCUCCUCAUCCACCGCCCUUUGGAACAGCCUCACGAGGCUCUGGUAAAGCGCGUAGCCAUGACGGAGGAGCGCCGACUACGACAACUGCUCACUGGCGAAGAGCUUGGGGACCGGAAACCUCAACUACUGAGAAGAAUGCAACAGCUUGUUGGCGACAGCUCGUUGUUCGAGACCUCCAUCCUUCGCCAACUUUUCCUUUAG